AUGGAAAAGGAUCCCUUGAAGGAUGGGUAUGACCACGCGGAGUACAAUGUCAGUGGGACUCCACUUGUACACCAAGAAGAAUCCCGACUCUACACCAAGUCGGAUGAAUAUCUGUCCGCCGUCACUGAUAUGAUGUGCGAUGGGUAUUAUUGGGCGAUGGUACAAUCCCUGAACAAUGAUACAUCAGUCGAAGAUGAACUCGACGCGACCUUUACGACCGAGCUCAAGAUCACGAAAGGCAAAGAAGAGGAGGCAAACUGGAGCCUUGGUGCAGCUUUUGAGGGAAUCACUAUUGGGAUCGGGGGCUCCAAGAAAACAUUUAGCUCCUCGGAGACGACCGACAGCGAAGAAAUCAGUAUUAAGCUACCUGUCCCGCCGCGUACAACUGUCUACUUGUAUCAGAAGGUCUACCGAUUCAAGACCCACAAGUGGUUCAUCAAUUAUGCAUGGGAUACACGAAAUCUGGUUGGAGGCCGAGGUAAUUACCACGAAACCUACGUGGAUGGCUUUGUUGAGAUUCAUUCCAAAGAUUAUGCCAGUAGUGAAACGGAACUGACUGGAGUCGGCAAUACCACUGCGAAAUUUACUGGCGACGAGAUUCAUAGUCAAGGCCCCAGAAAAUUUGAGAAUUGCACAGAGAAGUGUAAGAACUAUCUGAAGGACCUUGGGGCCCACAUUCCUUCAAGCUAG